UACAAUGGUUGCCAAAAAAUUAAAAGUUGAAAAGAAAGGGAAGAGCUCGCUGAAUAAAGUGGUUACUCGUGAGUACACCAUCCAUCUGCACAAGCGCAUCCAUGGAAUUGGAUUCAAGUACCGUGCACCUCGAGCUAUAAAGGAGGUCAAGAAAUUUGCAGAACAACAAAUGGGCACUCCCGAUGUCCGUGUUGAUACGCGUCUCAACAAGUUUUUAUGGUCGAAGGGAAUUCGUAACGUUCCGUAUCGUGUUCGAGUUCGUCUCUCGCGACGCAGGAAUGAUGACGAAGAUUCGCCACACAAACUUUAUACUUUGGUGACGCAUGUUCCAGUGACUAGCUUCAAACGUCUGACAACAGUGAAUGUUGAUAGCGAGGAUUGA